AUGGGGCAUUCUAUUGAUUUCUCUAAAAAAUUUAUUGAUGAUUAUGGAUUUGAGCGCGACCGAUGGAGUUCAUUUUCUGAAGAUAAGUUUCAUGAAAAAGAAAAGUGUCUCAUUGAACAACUUAGUAACUUCACUGUCAGAGGAACUGAAGAAAAAUUGGACGGUAAAUUUUUCCUAGCAGAAAAUCUUGCUGACCACAUUGGCGUAAGAGCCGCUUAUUCAGCCUAUCAAGAUUGGGUCAAAGUACAUGGAACGGAACCGACAUUUCCGAACUUGCCUUAUAAUUCCAAUCAAAUGUUUUGGCUGUCAUACGCGAAUCAAGAAUGCGCACCAAAAUUGGUAUUAGGAAAGCUGAAUCCAAAAGAUCCACAUCCUCCAAAGGAUAAACGUCUUAUCGUACCACUUUCAAAUACUCCUGAAUUUUCGAAAGAUUUCAAUUGUCCCCUAGGAUCGAAAAUGAAUCCUGUUAAAAAAUGUAACAUAUUCGAAUAGAAAUUUCACGUGAACUUUGUCUCGGCUCACAUCUAUGAACUAGUUUGUAUUUAUAAAUUAUUAAAAAAGAAAACGCGGAAAGUAGUGUAAGAAAAAGCUAAAUGUCAGUAAGAUACAACUAGUGUUUUUGUAUCCAUGUGUAUUAUACACAAAGAUGAAUUGCUACCAAAAUUUUGAAUACAGUCUCCAACUCCUAAAUUCUAGCCACUCGAUAAACAGGUUAUUGGACCACUUUCAAACAUCCUAGAGUUUUCUAAGAACCCUAAAUAUCCCUAACGGUCUUCGAUGAGUCCCAAAAACAAAUGCACUGUUCUCUUGUGUAGAAU